AUGUCUUUUAAUUCACAGAGGCAAUUCCAGCUUUUUGAGAUCACUCCUAUUCGGGAUCCCAACUUUGGAACCGACACGCCGCUGUACUCGGAUCCAACGCUCUCUGCGGUAACGCCCCUGGGAAAUGGCACGAUAGCAAUUGCAGUAAGGUCGGUCUAUAUCCAAACGAUUGAUUUGAAAACGCCGGCGUCUCUUGCCGAGUUUAAAGCGUACGGAGAUGACUACCAAAUUACGUACCUCGAAUAUGUCAAGGACGGCAUGCUGGUCAGCGUGGGCGAAUGCGUCGGCAAGCCCACAUCUAUCAAAAUUUGGAACCUGGGGAAGACACCAAAGGACGCAUUUGACUUUCAUUCCACCUGCGAGGUCCGGAACGGGAACAACACCUUUCCUGUGUCUGCAAUCAGCCUUUCGCAGGACCUGUCAUGUAUCGUGCUCGGCUUCGUUAACGGGCGUAUAAUCCUGGUUCGGGGAGACCUAUACCGGGACCGAGGGUCUCGUCAGCGGAUCAUCUACGAAGACUUGAACAACGAGCCCAUUACGGCCUUGUUCCUCAAUAACGACUACAGUGUUACCUUUGCAUCGACGACUUCAAGAAUCAUGCUUUUCCGCACCACGGGCCGUAACAAUGGUGAGCCCGAACGGGUUUUGAAUGCCAACACUGGGAUAGACUUGAAUUGCAGCUGUUUCAACCCGGAACGAGAUGAGUUGCUUUGCUGUCUUGACAAAUCCGUGGAAUUUUACAAGGCCACAGGCGAGAAACACUCGCUACUCGUGGAAGUUCCCAUGAAGAAGAGGAUAUUUCUCAUCGACAAUGAUCACAUUCUGCUUUUGUCGUCAGUUAGUACGCCCAAUAGUACGGCCUUGCAAUUGAGCAGCACAGGAACUAUCACCAAAAAGGUGUUAAUAUUGGACUUGAAAAACCAAUUGAUAGCAAUGAACCACCUGCUGGCGAGCAAUAUUGUGCAUAUAUACAGUGAUACCGUGGACGGGGUUUAUUCGGUUUAUCUGGUAACAACGGAUGGCGUCAUCAACAGGAUAACUGAAAAGCCGGUCGACAAGCAAAUCAAGCUCAUAACACAGAGGGAAUUGUACCCAAUUGCUCUUCAACUUGCAGAACAGCGUUCUGUAUCACCGUUACGCAUACAGGAAAUUCGAAGGCAAUAUGGCGAUGCUCUCUACAAGAAAAAUAUGAAAGAAGAGGCUGUUGAACAGUACAUACAGUGUUUGGAUAUAACCGAGACCAGCGAAAUAAUUUCUCGGUUUGGGAUUCAAAAGACCUCGCGUCCAGAUGAUUCCAGAAAUUUGGCUACUUAUCUAUGGUCCAUGAUAAAGCAGAAGCUUUCCCAUUCAGAUCAUGUCACGUUACUACUUGCUAUUUUAAUUAAGUUAAAGGAUGUCGACGGAAUCGACUACUUCAUAUCACAUUUCAGCAGGAACGGAGAGUUUGUUGAAGAAGGUGAAGAUGAGAGCAGUUGGUCCGUUGAUGACGAGACAUUUUUUUACUCAGAUAUUGUUUUGAUGGAUUUGGAUACCAUAUUGCAGUUACUGAAGGAUUCUGAACUUGAUGCACAGGCCUUCAGUCUGGUUCAUAAGUUUUCCAAGGAUCCGAUUCAGGUUGUCGAUGUUAUAUUGAAUACAUUGGACGAUCCCCACUCUGCAUUGAAGUACAUCAAAAGCCUGCAUGUCGAUGAUACCCUUCGAGUUCUUAUCGAGUUCUCUAAAGUAUUGCUCGAAAAAUUACCGAAUGAUACCAACGCAUUGUUAAUAGAUGUGUUUACUGGACGCUACCAAAGAUCAACCAAGUGCGAGGUAAACAUACGAGAAAAGAAGCAGACCAUCUCCAGAAACAACCCUGUAUUUCAUAGUUAUAAAGCCUUUGUGACCUACAUGUAUUCAACCGCUGGCGGCGUUCCAAAUUCUGAGGAUAUACAAGAGCCUACUUACCAUCCACCCAAACCAUCGCUAGUUUUUACUUCGUUUAUCGAUCGGCCCUUCCAGUUUGUCGUGUUCCUGGAGGCAUGCCUUGAAAGCUACAAUAAAUUUCAGGGCUUCUUGCGUGACAAACAAGAGAUACUAACCACACUAUAUGACAUAUAUCUCUCGUUAGCAGCAACCGAUGAGGCACACAACGAAGACUGGCGCACGAAGGCCACCGCUGUCUAUAAAGAGAGUGAAAAACUGGCGGGCACUUGCCGCUCGCCCCAGGCUCCAAAGGCAUCUAAUACCCAAUUUGACAAUUCUCUCAUGAUGCUGAUAUCACACAUCAACAACGUCGACCUAUACUCUGUGGAAGGCGACGCUUCUGGCACAGAGGAUCUGUCUGUUAACAAAGCAAACUUAACAAAUACAUUUAGGUCGAUGUGUCUCACGAAGGAGGCCAAAAAGUGCAUGAACUUCCUAGAGAAGUACGGCAGUGUGGAGCCAGAGCUCUACCGAAUGGCAUUGGGCUUCUUUCUAUCCUCCAAACAAGUCUACGACAGCAUCGGCGGCGCUCCCGUAUUCAAGGCCAGGGUCCUGGAUAAAGUCAUAGAGAUGGACCUCCUGCAGCCACUUGACAUUUUGUUUGUCCUGAGCUCUACAAGCGUGGCCACCUUUGGGCUAGUCAGAGACUUCCUGAUAAACCACAUCAAGGCGCAGCAGCGCGAAACACACAAUAACGAGAAGCUGAUCCAGUCAUACCAGGGCGAGCUGCAGGAAAAGGAGAUGCAGCUAAAAACCCUACUAAGCGAAAGCGAACCCCUUCAAGUCAAGGUAAAGAAUAACUUCUGUAAGAUGUGUCACACCUUGCUCGAUCUGCCUGUGAUAUUCUUCAAAUGUGGCCAUAUCUACCACCAGCGCUGCCUCCCGGAAGAUUCUAUUUCCGACGGAAAUGGUUCGCCUCAUUAUAGAUGCCCAAAUUGUGCUGUGGAUAUUGAGGCAUCUGAAAACCUGAUCAAGCCAAAAAAGGAUAAUGAUACAAAAGCCAGCCUCCUACAGGCUGCGUUGUCUAGUGAAGACAGUUCCGGUGACAGGUUCAAGGUUGUUUCAGAAUUCAUAGGGAAGGGUGGUUUGGAAUUUGGGACAUAG